AUGUCUGUCAGAGGCAGAGGCAGAGGUAGAGGGCGAGGACGAGGGAAGGGACAUAGCCAGCCCUCCCAGUCCCAGCUCACGCCGUCGCCGCAUCAAGCCUCAUCAUCGCUCCUCGCCUCGGCCCCCUUGCCGCCCCGAUACGCCAUCACCGCGGCCUUUGCGACCUCGCACGCGCCGACCAAGGCCGAGCUGCACGCGGCUUACGUCGCAGGAAGCGAGGUCGUCUCCGACGCCGCUGAGACGGCACAUGCGCCGCUGGUACCGCUACCGUCGCGCCGGCUCCUCUGCGACGCAUUGCAGCGGGAACCGCACGCCGAGAGCAGCACUGCUGCGCUGUGGCGUACCGCAGGGCUCAGCUAUCCUUGUCUCUGCGACGACCUGCUCCCGUGGUCCACAACUGCCUUUGGCGAGCUCGACCUCGACGCGACCUUGAACGACCUGCAAGAGUUCGAAUAUCUCUGGCCCCGCGUGCCGCCAUGGCCCUCGGAAAAGGGCAAGGAGCGGGAGCCACAACUGCUGCCCCCGGCGCUUGCUCUCGCUCCGCCGUCGUCAGCGGUCCUCCCCGACACCGACACCGACACCGACAGCCACCCCGCCCCGCCACUACCCCCGCGCGUGCGGCAGGCGUGGUGGCGCAAGCAGAUCGAGCGCGAUGGGGGGUACGGGCACCUCCUACCCCUCUUCAAACAGCAGGUCUGGCCUUCACACCCUGGGCCUCGCCCUCGGCGCCGGCACACCACCUCGGACGCGUUCCGCACGCCACGUAACCUCGCGGCCUUGUCGCACCCAUUCCACCCCGCCCUGGGCCACUUCACCGCCGCCGCGCGGUGCAGGGUGUACUGGCUCGUGCCGGUCCACGGGCCGGUCGUGAUCCCGUCCCUCGAGGACGUGGUGGCUGAUGCCUCCGCCAAGGCGUGGACGAGCGCUGGCGUGCUGGGCGACGUCGAGGCAGUGGAGACGAAACGCCGCCCCGCCACGCUCCGCUGGACGCCGGCGCUCCUCCGCGCGUUCGUCGCCGCCUUCGAGGCGCUCCAGCACGACGCGGCGCGGCCCUACGGCGCGCUCCAUCUCGCGCUGUCUGGCCCCAAGCCAGACCCGUACCUCGCGCUCGCGCCGCCGCCGCCACUGCUGUCCCACCUCCAUGUUCCCGACGGCGAGACGGCACUCCGCGUGCCAGUUCGCCCAGAAGCCGGCGACCAUAUCCGGAUAUACUGCGACAGUGGCCGCGCGAUGAGCUUUCGCACCUGGCUCCACUGGUGGGAGGUGGGCGCCGACGGGCCGUGGGACGGCGCUGCGGUGCCCACUUCGCUCCGCCCGUUCGCGUUCGCCCGCCUCACUCUCGUCGGGCCGCGCGGCGAGGCGCUCAUGGUGGUGUAG